UCAGGAGGUGUGAUACUGUAGCCUUUAUAAAGUGCCUUAUCGUUUCUUCUCAUUGUCUCAUCCCAGUGAAACAUUAUGACUUCACUUGCUUUAUAUUCUUUGCUUUACUCUAUCAGUGUCCUAACUUUAACUGAUAGCUCACUUUCCAGCAUCACCACUGCAGCUCCACCAGCAACCUCAAAGUGCACUCUUCUAAACAGCUUCCAGCCAGGAUUUGUGGUCCAGGGUGACUAUGUCAUUGGUGGGAUUUUCCCCCUUCAUUUUAAUCUGAAAAUGCCAGACCAUAACGACACCUACAGACCACCACCAAUAAAUUGCAAUGGACUUUUUCCCAGGGCUUUCCGGUGGGCUCAGACUAUGAGACUGGCAGUGGAGGAGAUAAACCAGAAUCCAGUGCUGUUGCCGAAUCACACUCUGGGCUACAAAAUCUUCGAUUCGUGUAGAUAUCCACUGACAGGACAGAGAGCUGUUUUAUCAAUGCUGAAUGGGGUUAAUGAGGAAAACUCUUCUAUGUGCACAAAUGCCUCAUCACUCCUCGCUGUGAUUGGGGCUUCUGGAUCUGCUCAAUCUAUUGUUGUGUCAAAAAUCUUGCAGCCAUUCAGGAUCUCCAUGAUCAGCUACGCUUCUUCAUGUGCAUGUUUGUCAGACAGACAAAAAUAUCCAACCUUCUUCAGAGUAAUUCCUAGUGAUGACUAUCAGGUGAAAGCUAUUGCACAGCUGCUGGUGCACUUUAACUGGACUUGGGUGGGGCUGCUGCGAGGAGACAAUGAUUAUGGCCGCUUUGCUGCAAAAGGUUUACUGAGAGAAUUACAGGAAACCAAAGUAUGUGUAGCGUACCAAGAAAUUAUUCCUCUGCUCUACAAUCGCCAGACGGGAGUAAGGAUAAUGAAGGUGAUGCGUAGCUCUACUGCAAAAGUGGUGGUGGUAUUUGCAGCUGAGGGGGAUAUGACACCUUUCUUGAGAGAGUACAUGACUCAGAACAUCACUGGAAUACAGUGGGUGGCAAGUGAGGCUUGGGUCACAGCAUCAGUCUUUUCAGGGAGAGAGUAUUACCCUUACUUGGGAGGAACCAUUGGGUUUGGCGUCAGAAAAGGUCAUAUCUCCAGACUGGGUGACUUCCUGCAGACAGUAAACCCUAUGAGAUAUCCUGGCAAUGUUCUGAUGCCGCCCUGCUCAGGGCAGGAGUCUCUGCUAGAACAGCACUCAGCCUACAUGAAUACAUCCAGCCCUAGAAUCGCCUAUAAUGUCUACAAGUCUGUAUAUGCCAUUGCGCAUUCCCUGCACGACCUCCUACUCUGUCAGCCAGGGAGGGGACCUUUUCAGAACAACUCAUGUGCUCAGAGCAACAACAUACACCCUUGGCAGCUGCAACACUACCUCCAGGAAGUGAACUUUCAGAUUGCUGGUGAGGAGGUGGACUUUGAUGCCAAGGGCGACUCUGUACCCUAUUAUGAUAUUAUCAACUGGCAGAGAGGCCCAGAAGGAAACAUUGAAUUUGUCAAUGUGGGUUUGUUUGAUGGAACCAAGGCUGUUGGAGAGGAGCUGUUGAUCCAGGAGAACGGGAUAAUAGUGAUGUCUGUGUGCAGUGCCAGUUGUCUUCCAGGCUUCCGGAAGGCUGUCCGUCGUGGGGAGCCUAUCUGCUGCUUUGACUGUGUACCAUGUGACAGUGGCAAAAUUAACAAUGAGACAAUAGAUUGUACAAUGUGUCCUGAGGACUUCUGGUCAAACAAUGACAGAACAGCCUGCAUCUCCAAGAAAGUGGAGUACUUGACCUUCGAUUUAUUGGGAAUAGCCCUGACACUGAUGUCUGUGGUGGGCGCCUGCUUCACUCUGGCUGUCUGUGGAGUCUUCUUCUGUCACAGACACACAGCCAUUGUCCGUGUGAAUAACUCUGAGCUCAGUUUCUUCAUACUGUUUGCACUGACUCUGUGUUUCCUGUGUUCUCUGCUUUUCAUUGGAAAGCCAACAUAUUGGUCCUGCAUGCUCCGCCACACUGCCUUUAGCAUCACAUUUUCACUGUGUAUUUCCUGCAUCCUGGGGAAGACCCUGGUGGUACUGGCUGCAUUCACUGCCACCAGGCCAGGGCACAACAUCAUGAAGUGGCUGGGGCCUAAGCAGCAGAGAACCAUCAUCUCCAGCUGCACUCUGGUUCAGGUGGUUAUCUGUGCUGCCUGGCUCAUUGAUGCUCCCCCGUUUCCAUCCAGAAAUACACAAUAUGAACAUUCAAAGAUCAUACUAGAGUGUAGUGUGGGCUCUAGCCUGGCAUUCUGGUGCGUUCUUGGAUAUAUUGGUCUGCAGGCCUGUCUGUGCUUUGUUUUGGCUUUUCUGGCCCGAAAGUUGCCGGGGAACUUCAACGAGGCCAAGUUCAUCACAUUCAGCAUGCUAAUCUUCUGUGCUGUGUGGCUAGCAUUCAUCCCUGCUUAUAUCAGCUCCCCUGGAAAUUAUGCAGAUGCAGUUGAGUCAUUUGCCAUUUUGGCCUCCAGCUUUGGCUUAUUGUUCUGCCUGUUUGCUCCAAAGAGUUACAUUAUUUUACUGAAGCCUGAAAAGAAUACAAAACAGCACCUGAUGGGGAAAGAAAAGAAAUGAUGAAACACAAAUUAACCCAAAGUUAUUGAAUUAUUAGCAAAUGGACUUGUAGAUUUCGUUCAUUGACUUAUGGAUAAGUAACCAUUUAAACAUGUUAAUUAAUCAAUGUUGUUUUGAUAUUGUUUUGAUCUUUCUGCCACGUCCAGGUCGUUUAACCAAUGUUUCUUUAAACGUGAAAACUAUAUUUCCAACUUUGUCUAUAGAAAAAUUUGGUGCCUUUGCCAUCUUUUUUGUCAUUUUUCCUUGUUUGUUCAAGGCAAUGAUCUCUUAUCUGAACUUUUUGUACAAUUCCUUUCACUUAGCCAUAUUUCUAAAAUGCAGUCAAACGUUAAGGUCCAGUUAGGUAUUCUUGGGAUGAGAUGUGAUUCCAAAA